AUGGCAUUGUUCCUAAUUGAAUCACUUCUGAAUUCAUUUUUUUACAUUUACAGUAUUUUGGUCGAAUAUGGAAGGACCAGUCACAUAUUCAAUUGUUAUACUUUCGAUGAGAAUACUCCACUUGUUGAUGAUCCAGAGUACAUCUUUGCAUUUGGUGAAACAAAAUUCAAGGGACUGCAAAGCGGAGAUAAGUAUGCGAAGAAAGAGAUUGAUCAUGCCCCUGAAGUUAUUGAUGAUCCUGAUCUAUAUGCCCCUUUAUUUCGAAAUAUGUCUGUUUUCAAAAGGAGCUAUGAGUUGAUGGAAUUGAUACUUAAAGUUUACAUUUACAGUGAUGGGUCAAGGCCCAUAUUUCAUGUACCUCAUCUCAACGGAAUUUAUGCUUCUGAAGGAUGGUUCAUGAGGUUGAUGGAGGGAAACAGGCAAUUUGUCACAAGAGACCCAAAAAAGGCUCACUUAUUUUAUCUUCCUUACAGCAUGCGCCAAUUGGAGUUGAAGCUUUAUGUACCUGGUUCACAUCAAAUUAAACCACUGGCAAUAUUCCUCAGAGACUAUGUGAACAUGAUUGCUGGGAAGUAUCCUUUCUGGAAUUGCACACAUGGGACAGAUCAUUUUCUUGUUGCUUGCCAUGACUGGGGGCCUCACGCUUACUCAGCACGAGGAACUGGCCAACAAUACAAUAAAAGCUCUAUGCAACGCUGACACCUCAGAAGGAGUUUUUGUUGCUGGGAAGGAUGUUUCACUGCUAGAAACUAAUAUUAGGAACCCCAGGGUUCCCCUUAGAAAUAUUGGUGGAUUAAGAGUGUCACAGCGCCCACUCCUUGCCUUCUUUGCAGGA